GCGUAAACGGCUCAGCCAACCAAGCAUUGCCUAUGUACGGACUGAACACCGAGAUCGCAUCUCGCUUGAUCCCGCUCGAAGGUUACGUUCUUGGCACGCUCCUGCGUGAGGUUGAAAGGCUUGUUGUACAGGGUCUCCUGUAAUUCUCCGUCUAUCACCUGUAUCUCGAAAUCUCUGAGCGAUCGUGGAUUCUCUGCGUAAAAUAUAUCACCAUGAGCGCUACUUCAAAGACAGAUUUAGCUGCGACUCACGACAAGGCGACAGCAACUUACAAACUUCGUGAAGCGCAGCUAUCAGAUCUGAGCCAGAUAGCUCGGGUUUGGCACAAAGCCUUCUUUGACGAUGAGAUCAUUGGCGAGAUCAUGCACCCCCAUCGCCAACAAUACCCUGAGGACGUGUACUGGUUUCUGCUCAGAGGCGUCCGAGAGCGAUUUUGGGAUUGGAGACAUCAAUUCAUGGUAGUUGUGACCACAGAAGAGAAGAAUAUGGAGACCAUUGUUGGUGCUGCGGAUUGGAGGAGGCUCGGUGAUGGAGGGGCUCAGAGAGAGCUGCUGAAGUUGGAUCCGCGAAAUCUGAUAACACCAGCCAUCCAUUCGUACCACGCUGUAAUGGGCCGUAUCUUCCCAAACCGCGCCGCCGAUCCUUCGCGAUCGUCCUUCCUCGACGCAGCUGUCGCCGCCUCGGAAGUGUAUUGGACUGGUGAUCGCACCGAGUGUUGGGACUUGCAUGUAUGUGGAGUUGACCCGGACUAUCAAGGCAAGGGAGUAGGCAAGCUACUAGCGCAAUGGGGUGUACAAGAGGCGCAGAAAGAGGGCUCGGGCACAUGCGCGAGUGUGCUCUGCGGCGAGAAAAACCGUGGUUUCUACGGCAAGGCUGGCCUUACGGUUCAGGUGGGCGGGCGAGAAGGCGAAGGAGGCGGCAUUGCGCUGUUUACUAGGUAAACCUCACUACAUGUGUCGAUGGGUACAGGCAAUGGAUAGUACAGUACUGGGUCAUAAGUUUUGCAGUGCUGGCCCGUGCCCUGCCCUAACGCCGUGCCGGCCACUCACUUUUUGAGGCAAUUGAGAUAGCU